AUGCUGUAAUUUAAUUAAAAUCAUCUAAUUGGACCCAAGCCUAUUUUCAUGCAGCCUUUGGAAUUUUAUAGGAAUCUGGAUGUAGAUGACACUUAAUGUACAGAUGACUUUUCCAAUAAAAUUUUAUCUUAAACUAAUAAUUCUUUCACAUAAACUCCCAAUAUAUAGACUAAUGGACUUGCCAAUUAAAAAAAUAGCAAGAAAAAAGUUAAAUUUAACCUCAACAUUGUUCACUGUUAAUUUAAUUAGAAAGAACCUGCUUUAGCUAUAGGAAGGCUAGUUUAAAAAUUAAUAAAUUAAAAACCCCAUCUCUAUUGGGUAAACCCUUAGAUCUUAAAAAACUAAUGAG